CCUUUUCUUGUUAUGUUGAUGCAACUGUUGAGCUAGAACUUAAUUAAUACUAGUAACCCGAGCAGAAUGGCCUCAUCCACAGGUCUCCUGGUGGUGUCCAACAUUAAGCACCUGGGCAAAUCCCUGCGCGCCAUCGAGAAGUACGUGAACGCACUGUACAUCCACUUAAAUGUGGCGGGGUCAACGUCCACGACGUCACCAAUUCCGCCGCCUCCGGUUUGGGGCCGUCUAAUCUCGCAGCUCUACGCGAACAGCAGCAGCUAUGUGGGCAACCAGUUGGAUCUGCGGGUCCUUGUCUCGCCCCUUCGACCAGGAGCCAGUGGAUCCUUGAAGUUGUGCCAACCCGUAGAUCUGAUCUUCUCGGAUGCACAUCAUCCGGAGCUUUGCGACCGUCUCCGGGCGGAUCUCAACAUCAGCAAACCCACCAUCUUCCUGGAGGACUCGGCCACCUCGGAUUUGAGUGCUCAGCAGGAUGCUACGCAGGGUCCGAAGAUGUAUCCCUCGGUCGUCCUUGGUGGAACCUUCGAUCGCAUACAUCUGGGCCACAAGAUAUUCCUCACCCAGGCGGUGCUGCGCACCUGCAAACGUCUGGUUGUGGGCGUAACGACCGCCGCCAUGACGAAGGGAAAGACGCUGCCGGACUUGAUUCUGCCCGUGGAAGAGCGUAUUGCCCGGCUAAGGGAGUUUUUAAUGGACAUAGAUAGUACGCUCCAAUACGAGAUUGUGCCCAUCGACGAUCCCUUCGGACCCACGCAAGUGGAUCCCGACUUGGACAUGAUUGUGGUCAGUGCGGAGACACUGCGAGGAGGUCAGAAGGUUAACGAGAUACGCAACGCCAAGCAGCUGCCGGAGCUGGAGAUCUUUGUGAUAGACAUUGUAGAGAGCAACGUGCAUGAUGGCAUCCACGAGACCAAGGUCAGCUCGAGUAACACGCGUAUUGAUCUGCUAGGAUCCCGCUGGCGGAAACCCGAGCAUCGCCCACAGCUCCCGGCGCGUCCCCACAUCAUCGGACUGACUGGGGGGAUUGCGUCCGGCAAAAGCAAGAUGGCCGAAAGAUUGGGCAACAUGGGCGCCUACGUAAUCGACUGCGAUAAGGUUGCCCACGAUGUGUAUGAGCCGGGUCAGGUGUGCUACGAGCGAAUUAUUCAGCAUUUCGGAAAGGGAAUUGUUGCCGCAGACGGUCGCAUCGAUCGCACCAAGCUGGGUCCUCUGGUUUUUGCCGAUCCCAAGGAGCUGCAGGCACUCAACGGGAUUGUCUGGCCGGAACUCAUUGCGGAGGUGAAUAGGCGGUUGGAUACUCUGCGUUCCCAGGCCGAGGUGCCCCGUGUGGUAGUCCUAGAGGCGGCUGUACUCCUGCGAGCAGGAUGGGAGACCAAUUGCCAUGAGGUGUGGUCCAUGAUUGUGCCACCGGAGGAGGCUGUGCGGAGAAUUAUCGAACGCAAUAACCUUAGCGAGGAGGAGGCCAAGAAGCGGUUGGCCAGUCAGGUGCCCAACACGGAGAUCGUGGCCAAGUCGCAUGUCAUCUUCAGCUCGCAGUGGGAUCACGAUUUCACCCAGAAACAGGCGGAACGUGCCUGGCAAAUGCUCACCAAGGAACUGGACUCGCAUCAGAGCAGCCUUUAAAACAAGUGGAUAUUCAAAUUACCUGCUAGCGAUUGUUGAACCUUUUUUGUAUGAUUCUUUAUGCAUUUGUUGUACAUUGCUUAGUUGUAAGUCGAAAGUUGAAGAGAAGUUCCGGGAAGUCA